AUGACUGAAAUACUCAGUAAUAUCCAAGAACAAGGCGUCAAUAAAACUGCGAGAAAUAGUGUGAGUGAUGCAUUGUUGCUCGGUAAGUUUCGCCUUCGUGUGUGCAAAAGUGCUGAUGUCCCCAUCCUAGUGGACUUUUUGGGGCUACGCCAAGAUGAAAUUAUCUUCAUAGACCUCCCUGUUGGAGAACUAAACGAGAAUGUUGACAGAGAUGUAAAGGAGCAUGAUUGUGCCGACUUUGCUAUGAACGAAGAACAAGAAAAUAGUAACGGUCCUCUAAUUUUUGACUUUCUUUCCCUUUCAAAGUUGGAAGAGCGGUGCAAUGCCGACAGUGGCAGGUUUCGUGGGCAUCAAGUUAUCAUACCUGCUACAGCUUUUGAUUGCAAUCCGCUGGGAGCAGCAGCCGCUUUUAGUUUGCGUAACAGAUUGAUGAGUCGUAGUCUUCCUUCUUUGGACAAACGUUUUUUGAACAUGCCGAUCUGGAUUGCUGCAAACGCAGAAGACAAUCUUGGAUCUAUUUUCCUGGGCUUCCACUUCUUAAAAGGAAAACUUUCAACCUUCCACACAAGAUGUUUAGGCCUUUUUGGAAAAGAAUGUGAGGCUGCACUCCAUGCUCUUCUUCUACGCUUUGACAGUGCACUCGAAGGGAGAAGUAAGGCUAUGGCAUUGUACAAGAUAUUAGGAAAGAAUGUGUCAUCAGCGUGGAGUCCUGGCGGGCUUCCUUCGAACAUAACACUAACUUUCAAGUGGGAAAUUUCGGCGGGUGACUAUCUUUCAAAUCCUUCUCCGUCUGCGACUGCAGUUUUCCACAUCUCGCCUGGAUGGAAAGACAAGCGCAUUGCUCUUUUAGAAAACACCGAGGAACUUGAGUACUUAUUGAUAAUGGCCUGCGUUUUGGAUUCGGGAGCAACCAUGAUUUGGCCAUCUUCUUCUGAAAGUACUCACAAUGCGGUGCUUGAAGCAGUGCGCCUGCUUGUGAUUCAGUACAGAGUUCAAAGCAAUGAACCAGAGCACACAGCACAUAAAAUGAGGCAUGUAGACUUCACUGAACUUCUAUGGGAUAUUCUCAAGAAAUGUGGCAGCUUUGAAACACUAGUCGCGGCACUUAACAUUGUUUUUGAUGCGCUAAAACAGUGCCGCAUCAAUGCCAUCCUACAUGAGGACAACAAGUCUACUAUUGCACGCCUCAUACGUGAUGCACAAUCUCGCAAUUUGAUGCUUCCUCGACUCGAAACUCUAACGUCUAUACAAAUUCUCUUGGAGAUCGGGGUGGAACGUUUUAGGAGGGAUAUGAUUCAAGCUUAUAUUGCGGCGGGAUUCAUGACCAAUGAGUCAGAUUUGGAUCUAAAACCACAAUUGGAUGCAGUACCGGAAGAGAGAGCUCGAGCACUCCUACCACUACACUUGGCUCUUCAAACUAUGCUUGAAAUAAAACGACAUCUAACUCUUCCUGCUCAUAUGCUCACAGCUAUGACGAGGUCUGUCAUUAGUAAGUAUUGCUCUUCUCCUAUCACUGAUGUCACGAAAGUGUUUUACGAAACCGCUGUACCUCUGAUUCACGUCCAACCUGAUCUUCUUCAAAAGCUCCCAGACUUAUGGACAAAUGAAACGGUAUAUUCACAUGGAAACUUCGUGGUAGCUUCAACUCUGACACAUUUCACACGUGAUCCCCAACUACGGUUCUUGGAAGGAAAAGUGAAAUAUAGCGAAGAGGAUACUGAAGAGACCCAGGAGCUGGAUAGGCGUUCAUCGUUCCUUUGUACAUAUACCACUGGUAGUUUCUUGAACGCCGAGGAAUUGGACGAAUGGGACUGA